GCUUUUAUAGGCCAUGCUCCAAUCGAGAGUGCUUUCCUCUCAAGCGAUGCUUCAUGCUGUCUAUAUCACUUUACUUUCUCCAGCAUUGUCCAACCUGCUCGACUGUACACAUGGUUUUGUUGGAAGAAAACAGGACGGACCAGACGUGGAAUUUGUGUCGGUGAACGAUACGCGUAUUUGUGCUGCACAUCUCUGCAUCAAAGUGAUCGUCCACGCUGGUACAGAUGCAAAGGGUGUCCUGCGACAAGGGAUCUCCUCUCGUUGUGGCUACACUGGAGGAGAUCGUUCAACGUGUUCACGUAUUGAAGGCUGUUCAAGUAUACCAUUCUACGAUGGCAUGACAGGGAAUUUUUCCUUCUGCUGUUGCUAUGCGGACUACUGCAACGCUGGAUCUCUAGACGAGCUUGAAGGAAUCUAUGCAACGAAUAUAGGAAACAGCCCAAUAGGAUUCGCCUAUGGAUUGUACACUGUCUUAACUUUGGCUACAUUAAUUCAAUGAUUUGCGUUUGUGCACUGAGAACGGGUAGCUUUCUGCUAUCCGAACCUACUUUUGCGAAGAGAUUCUGCCCCUUUCGCAGUGCCAACUGCGACAGGCUUUGAUAGAUUAAGGAGUCAAUUUGAACCCACUAAAAAAUUCGGCUUACUUGUUCACCGAUAAGUAUAAUUCACCUGUUUACUUCGAACUUCCCUAAGACCUAUCGAGAUAGGUAAGGCCGAUCUUUCGUUC